CGUCACAACAGUGCACGGGAACAGCCUCAGAUGUUCGUUUCGGCGACAGCAAUCCUCAAAAGUCACACAUUUUUAUGAACAAUUUUAUUGGGAAUUUCUCUCUAAAAUUACUGCAAGCCAAGGAGCAGUAAACAGGAAGUUCGUCUCUCGAAAGAGGAAUGAAAAUCCAAUGAAAAGGUGGUGCCGGUUAGAGUCGUGAGUGUGCUUGUGGUGAGGUUAUGUCCCCCACGUCAAUGAAGCUGCGUGUUCGCCGUUCUGACACCAAAAAUGGUGGCGGAGGAGGGCAGCAGCUGGAAGAGGUAAGGAGUCGAGCAAGCGGCAGUGGAACUCGCAGGGCGAAGAAGACAAAAAACGCCAGGAGCGGGCAGACCACCACGUCUUCUCCUCCCGCCGCCUCCUCCUCUUCAGUAUCGGCCCGAGCCGCUCUGGCCUCAGAGGAUGCUUCGCCUGACUCCAAGUGUCCCAUCUGUCUGGACCGCUUCAACAACAUGGCUUACUUGGACCGCUGCCUCCACCGCUUUUGCUUCCCAUGUAUCCAGGAGUGGUCGCACAACAAGGCAGAGUGUCCGCUUUGCAAGCAGCCCUUCAAGUCCAUCUUGCACUCUGUGCGUGCACAUGACGACUUCAAGGAGUACACUUUGCGGGCUGCCCCCCCGAGCAGUAGUGUCGCGGCCACAGUGGCUAUGGUAGCGGCUAUGGCAUCUGCGGCAAGAAACGACCAGCAGAUGAGGCUCCUGCUAAGGAGGCACAGAGUCGCUGAUGGCACGGAAACCACUGCCAGGAGGCGUAGAAGGGAGGAGGAACGUGGCGUUUGGGAGUGGUAUCUGGAUGUCCCACCUCUUUCUGUCCCUCCUCAUGAUGAAUACGCCGAUGACGAGCAACACCUUAGGGGUGCGGCCAACCUGGCGGAGCACGGCAUCAUAUUUGAAGGCCUGGGGGGCCCCGGAGCUAGCGCGGCCCCAAACGACAGCGCAUCACGGCGGCUCAUGACCCGAUUGUCGGCAAGGCUACGUCUUCAGCAAGAAGGUGGGGUUCUGCGACGUCUUAGAGAACGGGAGGCAGUGGCCUUUCGCCGUGCCCUCUACCGCUGCAGUGUCCGUGUACAUGGCGUAGCUGGUGUGAGUGAGACCGAAGCGCAGCGUGAUAUCACGGUCGAUGGCUUCCGACGGGACCCCACCCAACUGAACAGACUCCGUCCAUGGCUGCGCCGAGAGCUCACAGUGCUGUACGGUGCGCAGGGCUCACUCUUAAACAUCGUACAGAGCUUCAUCAUAGCAAGACUGGCUCGACACGGCCUGGAAGACACGCCCACUAUCGAGGAAGAUUUGCGGCCAUUCCUGUUGGCUCGAACAGAGCACUUUCUCCACGAGUUGGUCAGUUUUGCCCGUUCGCAACUCACAAUGGACAACUACGACCUGCAGGCUGUGUACGAGCCGCUGCCCAAUGCCAUGGAGCUGGACGCCUCGAACGGUGACUCCGCCAACAGCUCCGUCAUUGCUAUCUCCGAAGGGGAGGAAGCAGAAGAGGAGGAGCAUCGCAAUAAUGUCAUGCCAGAUGGAAGUUCACUCAGCCUCUCAGCCUGGGAUGACGAGACGCCGGGCCCCUCUUACUCUACUUCAGAGGCCUUAAGCCCCGUCCCACCGGAAACAGUCAAUGAGGAGGGCGAGUGCAUGAUCGUAGGAUACAAAAAGCCAAUGGCCGAGCGCACACCUGAACUCGUACAGCUGUCAUCUGACUCAGAAGGGGAGGAGCUCCAAAAGACAGCGCCCCUCUCCACAUUACCUCCAAUCCCUACCUCCAUCUCGACCCCUAUAAAGGCAAAAGACACAGAGGGCGGCAGGGCUUGUUUCUCUGGCUCAGGCAGCUCGCUAUGCACGAUCAGUCCGCCUCUUCCCGAAGCCAACAGCACCAGGAGGAGGAGAAAAAGGAAAGGGCGGGGUCUAAGCGGUAUCUCGGCCAAUCCCAAUCGCUGCAUUUAUCCUGCAAUGAUGUGCUCACCUAUGCGCUCAAGCAUUGAGUCCAUCUCACCGCUCCUUGUCAGCCCGGCAGACUCCGCCUCCGAAUACUGCUCUUCUCAGGACUCCCGUCUCACCACUUCUUCCUCCUCCCCCUCGUCCUCCUCGUCCUCGCUCUGCUCCUCCCCACCACCGUCAUUGCCUCACACGACGGCAUGCACACGCGAAGAGAAGCCUGGCGGGAAGAGAAAGUACAAGAGCCGACACCUUGACCGCCACACAGACCCCAGCUGGAGGCCACGAGGGAGGAAGAGCAAAAGGAGGAUGCGUGGCAGAUCAGAUAUGAGCAGCAGACGCAGUCCCAGCGUGGAGAUUGUCUACGAAGGCGCUGCCUCCUCAGUUGCCGCCCGUAAACGCCACCACAAGACGCAGCAGCACAGCAGGCCACCGCCCAUCAUCACGCUGGACAGCGAUAGCAGUCCGCCAAGCAGCCAACAUGCCGACGACUUGGGUCCUCUUCCACCUCUCUCAUUGGUGCGCAUGGCCAGUGAGGGCGUGGCCGCAGCUGUUGACAUUGGGGAACUUCCUGUAGAUAUCCUAGAUGGGGGAUCAGACCGGUCUGAGGCGGAGCCAGCUUUUCACAAAGGUAACGGCGGUGAGCGCCAUUCGCUCAGUAACAAUGGGCGUAGCGAAGAAGGACAACCCAUUGCUGACACACAAGGACUAAUCAGGGAGCUUGUUUCAAAACAAACAGAAACGGCCUUUUGCAACAUCACAGAUGACCUCUCCAUGACCUCAUCUGAUGCCUUCAGGGGUCACAACAAGGAGAGGCCACCGUCGCUUAAUUUCCCAGACCCCACCUCCUUUUCCUCACCACCCCCUCUGAGACGCGCCCCUCCCAGCAAGGAUGCAGCGCCCCACCUUCUCGAGACAGAGGACGAUGUGUCCGUCCACUUCUCUACUGACCUUUCAGUCCCUACCGUAAGUAUGACAGACGUAUUCUCACAUCUUGACUACCUGCAUGAAGGUCGCGGGGUUCCCCAUGGCGGUGACCUUGAGUCCUCCAGUGCAGUUCCGGUUGACAGCACAGCUGCUGGAAGUGACCACAGCGUCUCACCUGCUCCCCCCUCCCUCUUCGACUCCCGCUGCUUCUCAUCACCCAGCUCCUCCAUGACCCCGCCCACCUCGUCAGCUGCCUGUCAUGUCAGUACAACAUGUGACCUCUGACCCUGUUGUCAUCACGUCAUUUAGACAGGUCGUGGAGCCCCGUCUCUGUUGCCCGCUGACUGUUCGUUGACCAGCAACUGGGUGCCCCACCUCCCUGACUUACUUAUGUCUUUCAUAAGUCAGUGUUUCCCCUAGGCCAGUGGGGGUCAAAAAUGGUAAAUGGGUUGUACUUGUAUAGCGCUUUUCUACCUUUUUAAGGAACUCAAAACGCUUUGACACUAUUUCCACAUUUACUCAUUCACACACACACAUUCACACACUGAUGGCGGGAGCUGCCAUGCACGGCGCUAACCAGGCCCAUCAGGAGCAAGGGUGAAGUGUCUUGCUCAAAGACACAACGGACGUGACUAGGAUGGUAGAAGGUGGGGAUUGAACCAGUAACCCUCAAAUUGCUGGCACAGCCACUCUCCCAACUUCCCCACGCCGUCCCCCAAAAUGCAGCCUUGGGAGCAUUUGUGACCUUGGAUUAUUUUUUAAUGGUUCUCAAAUCAUUGUGAAAAUAUAAUUAAACAAAAAAAAACAGCAAAACUUUUAAAAAUGCAGGACAAAACUGAAAUGUUGAUAUUAACUAAUAAUAACACAAAUGUGUGUCUUAAAAUAUAUAUGACAUUUCCUUUUUACCAAAUAAAAAUCAAAUU